AUUAUUAAUCCCCCUUCACUCUUCUGCUCCUUCCCAUCAAUCUUUACCCCCCCAUCCCCCCAUCCUCCGCCUCCCAACGCUCCAGCUCCGACACCUGGGCAACGACGAAGUCCACAUCAUUUGGUCUGAACAUUCCAGAGACUACCGCCGAGGGAUCAUCCCUACUGAAUUUGGGGACGUGUUGAUCGUCAUAUACCCCAUGAAGAACCACAUGUACUCCAUCCAAAUACUCAAGAAGCCAGAGGUGCCAUUCUUUGGGCCGCUGUUUGAUGGUGCUAUAGUGGACAUGAAAAUUUUGUCCACCAUGGUCAGAGCCACAGCUAUCAACGCAAGUCGAGCUCUCAAAUCGCUCAUUCCUCUCUACCAGAACUUCUAUGAGGAGCGAGCCCGAUAUCUAGAAACCAUUGUGCAGCACCACCAGGAGCCAACCGCGUUUGAGGAUUACUCUGCUCGAGUCUACAGCCCAGCUCCCUGCACUCACCCGCCCUCCGACACAGGCUCCUGCCUCGAGAUGCUUCGGGGAGAAAGUCCGGCUCUUGGGGAGGCCGGGAGCGACUCGGCGUCCCCCAUGUCUCCUCGAACUAGCAAGACCCGCAUGUCGAUGAAGCUGCGACGGUCCUCCGGAUCCGCCAAUAAGACUUGAGUCUCUCCACUUGAUCACUUCAUCCUCACGAAUAUAGCUUAGGUUAAAACCUUUAGUGUCACAUCUCAUGUUCAUCAGGGUUGAACAAUGGCUGUUUUUCCUGCACUGAACACACUCACACACACUUACAAAUGUACAUCUGGUAUAAUCUCAUCGUAUAAAUCUGCAGCUUUGCUUUCAUAAAACACUCACUCCAAUGCUGCUGAAAAAGUUCAACUUAAGCUGUGCAGUAUUAGAUCACACCAACACGUGCCAUGUGUGGAAGUUAGCAAAACACCUGUGUUACUGAGACUGCAAAACCGUAUUUAAAAAAUUAACUGUGCCACAUCAUGCACUGCUCUGCAAGCAAUGCUAGAGAGGAUAGUUGGUUGGAUAAAAUGUCAGAACAAACACGUCAGUAUGUUUGCAGCUAUCUGCAGGGGAAAGUGUUUUUAUUAUCGAAUACAAACAUAUUUGUGGAAGUUAGAAAGGUUCAGAAAUCACAACCUAGGUCAUGCUGUCAACUGUGGACAAGCACUGAUAUUCACUGCAUUUGUUUUGUCUUUUUUAUGUAAAUUCUGCUUUCACUCAAACAAAAUUGUCAAAUGCUGUAUUUUUAUUUGUCCCUCCAGAAACAAGAUUACUUUUUUUUUCUUUUUGCUUUUUUGACUAUAAAUAUGUAUUCUGUAUAUCUAUACAAGUAUAAAUAUAUAUAUAUAUAUAUAUAUACAUAUAUAUAUUAGAUACAUGGAUGUCUAUGAGAGUAUGUACAGUGUGACGAAGCUUGUUGUGUAAAUAAGAUUACAAGAAAAGCUGCCAAAGCCAAAACCGUGGUAUAUCCUCAGAGCAUGUGUUUGCUAUAAAUAAAAACAUAGGUCAACACUACAGAAUGUUACUCUUAACUACAGCAUUUUUCUUCAUCAGUUUGCACGUCAUCCUCUGGAAAUGUAGAAAUCAUCCCGUUUAGUUCGCAUCGUUAAUUAGGCGGAGGAUCUCUCUGGUUUGUCUGUCUUUCCACAGACUUCAGCUGAUGUCAGGUUUUGCAACUCCAGCAUUUAUUUCACUUGUUGCUAAAUGGGUCCUGAUGGAAAAGACAACAAAAACCAGUUUGCUGCAGAUUGACAGCCAAAGAUGAAAAGAGGUGGAGUCGUCGUUUUAGAAUAUGUAUAUUUUUAGCAUUAAUCUGCUCUCUAUUUAGAGGCAUCGCAAAUCUCCAGAUCAAAUUAGAUGGGACUGAUUUGGAGAAAAUGUUACAUUUGUUUCCCUUCACAUAUCCAUUGCCCAGUAUUAGUUUUCUUUUCUACUGUCUCAGCCAUAGAUUUUUAUAAAAAAUAGAUGAAGAAAUAAAUGAAAGGAAAGGGACUGUACUUUUUUUGUUGAUAAAAUGCCAUUCUUUAAUAAGACCGAUUAAAUGUUUCCUUUGUGUUUUAGAGUUAAACUGAGUGCUGGUCCCCUUUAAAUUAUUUUUAGAGGUCAAAAUACAAUUUAUUGUUAUGAAUUCUGCUGUCUGGACGUGUGCGCCAUCCCAGCACUUAAAUCUGCCCAUGUCUGCAUGCUCAUCAUGUAAUAAUUUGUUCCUUUCUUAAUCGUUUUCCUGGAAAAUAAUUCAACAAUACUCAGUUCAAAACCCGAUUAGCAUAAGCCAAAAUAAAAUAAAACAAAUGUUUCUUCUGUGAGAUGAGGAAGAAAGUCGCAUUUAAGUUGCAGCAGAAUUAUCCGCCGCCUUUGUAGGCUCUGGAUGUCCACAUGUUGGCAGAUGUUUGUAACUACUGAUGUAAAAAGAAACUGCAUUUCAGCACUAACUGCAUGUUAUCAACACACACACGCACAGACAUGCUCGCAAGCUCAGCAAACCUGUAAACAGUGUAACUGUUUCAAACACAAAAUAAAGUGUCAAUGUGCAACAAUGGACUUAAACAAUAAAAGAUUUGUACCUGUG